UACCUUCAGGCUAUAAUCAUAACUAUGUACACAUUAAUUAUUGUCUUAGCCGUUGGUGGAAAUCUUAUAGUAUGUUAUACAAUUUUACGGGUACGACGCAUGCGCACAGUGAUAAACUUUUUCAUUAUUAGUUUGGCUAUUAGUGAUAUUUUGAUGGCCAUUUUCUGCAUUCCAUUUACUUUUGUGGCGAAUCUUGUGCUGAACUACUGGCCAUUUGGUGACAUUUUGUGUCCCAUAGUGACAUUUUUACAAACCGCUGCCGUAUUUUUAAGCUGUUUUACUCUCGUGGCCAUAAGCAUCGAUCGUUAUGUGGCGAUUAUUUAUCCUUUAAGACAAAAAUUAAGCAAGAAACAAGCAAGUGUUAUAAUAGGAUGUGUUUGGUUCUGUUCCUUCAUUAUCCCAUUACCGACUGCUUUAUAUUCUAAAGCUCAUAAAUACGUCGACUACCCUACAGCACCAGAAUUUUGUGAGGAAAUCUGGAGUAAUGGAACUGCUAGGUAUACCUACAGUGUCAGUAUAUUACUAUUACAAUAUUUUAUACCACUCCUAGUACUAGCCUUUACUUAUGGUAGAAUAACAUAUGUAAUGUGUAUCAAGAAACCACCUGGUGAAGCUGUAUCUACAAGAGAUCGAAUUAUGGCUGAGUCAAAACGAAAGAUUACGAAGAUGAUGAUAAUAGUUGUUAUAAUAUACGCUGUUUGCUGGCUACCACUUCACGUUAUCACCAUUAUAGGUGCUGUUAACCCGGGUAUUUACGAUGGCCAGUAUAUGAAUAUCGUGUGGAUGGCUUCUCAUUGGCUCGCCAUGUCGAACUGUAUGUAUAAUCCAUUUGUGUACUGCUGGAUGAACUCCAAGUUCCGACACGGAUUUUUAAGAGUAUUAAACUGUUUG